GCCAUCCUCUCCUACUCAUCGCCCACCAGACACCACUCCAUCUCCCGCGCGCGCGUGUGGUCUCCGCUCUCUUCCCCAUCUCCUCGCCAAGAACCACAAGCUAGAGCGCCACCGCCAUGGCCAUGGCCACGCAAGCCUCGGCGGCGACGCGCCACCUGAUCACCGCGGCCUGGUCGCCAUCCGCCAAGCCCCGCCCCGCCACCCUCGCCAUGCCAUCCUCCGCCCGCGGCCCGGCCCCGCUCUUCGCCGCGGCCCCGGACACCCCCGCGCCCGCCGCGCCGCCGGCGGAGCCCGCCCCCGCGGGCUUCGUGCCGCCGCAGCUGGACCCGUCCACGCCGUCCCCGAUCUUCGGCGGCAGCACCGGUGGGCUGCUCCGCAAGGCCCAGGUCGAGGAGUUCUACGUCAUCACCUGGACCUCCCCCAAGGAGCAGGUCUUCGAGAUGCCCACCGGCGGCGCCGCCAUCAUGCGCGAGGGCCCCAACCUCCUCAAGCUCGCCCGCAAGGAGCAGUGCCUCGCCCUCGGCAACCGCCUCCGCUCCAAGUACAAGAUCGCCUACCAGUUCUACCGCGUCUUCCCCAACGGCGAGGUGCAGUACCUCCACCCCAAGGACGGCGUCUACCCGGAGAAGGUCAACGCCGGCAGGCAGGGCGUGGGACAGAACUUCCGCAGCAUCGGCAAGAACGUCAGCCCCAUCGAGGUCAAGUUCACCGGCAAGAACUCCUUCGACAUCUAAUCUCGCUCGUACGUCGUAUAUGUGCAUGCUUAUGCGUACGUGCUAGUUCAUCGACCGGUAGUUAUUGGCGGGUGGCGAUGAUGAUGGACGUCCUGUAAUUUUAAAAUUGUCGAGUUUGAAUGAUGGAUUCGGUGAUAAUGGUUGCAUCAGGUUAUAUGUACAUGGUAAUUUGAUGAUGAUACUACCGUAUGUUGACAUUGUUGA